GAUGAAGGACGAGCAUGAACCCAGGACAAAUUCAGUACUUUCUGUGAUAUAAUUGUAAUCAUCUAAACUAGGGGUCUGUUAAAAAAGUUGUGACCGAUUCAGUGAGACACAGAAACAGAGAGACAGAGAGGGGCACUUUCUUCUGAUCUGGAGCUGGCCCGUUUCGGCAUCAGGAACGUUAUCCAAAGAUGGGGGAUAGUCAAGGAACAUCAGUUAUAAAUGAGAAUGACACACGUCAACUGUUAGAUCACUUCUCCAAGACUCAAUACAGAGCUCGUGAAGGCAGUAGUAAAGUUGAAGGAUUUGAGAGGAAAUGUCUUGCUUUGUUUGCAAAGGACUACAAAUACUCAGUAAUCCUGAAUUCGAAUGGGGAGCUUUGUGGUCACUACCCAGGCAAGUUGGUUAUACUGGAGUACAUGUUAGGAGCUGAUGGACAAGUAGGAGAAAGAGACCAUGUGGAGAGCAUGUAUGAUGUGACCAAGCUGAGAGAGAUAAUGUGCCGCUCAAGAUUUGCUAGGUGUAGGGAGAGAUUUGUCAUGCCAGUUAUCCUCUGUGAUGGCAAGCACAUUUGCAGAUCAGCUACCCUCUCGGGAGGUCCUGAGAUAUAUGGACGUUCUGGCUUCAACUACCUCUUCUCAGGAGGUGAAAGUGCAGAACUAGAUGAUGAAGAAACUAUGACCAGUCUAAGUAGGAGCCCAUCUACAAGUAGCAACGAUUGGCCAUUGUUUGACCGCUACAGAGGUCAAGAUAUCAAGCUGUUGAAGAUGCUCCAAGUGACCGCUGUGUGUGACCUUAUGCUAGAGAACAAGAAAGUCAAGUUUGGGGUCAAUGUAACAUCAUCAGAGAAAGUGGACAAGGAGCAUAGGUAUGCUGAUUUCUGCUUGCUUUCAUUACCGUACCCCGGCUGUGAAUUCUUCAAAGAUUUCAGGGACAAUGGCUUCAAUGGUAUUAAUCUCUUCUUUGACUGGUCACAGGACUUUGUUGAUGCUGAUCUGAGUAUACCAGACAGAGUAGCCACCUCCACAGGCAUUGACUGGCAUAUGUACAGGCAAUGGGAUCUGGUGAAGAUCACACAGAACUACCUGAAGCUCCUGCUCUUCCUUAUCAAAGAUGGAGAUUCUGGUGUGUUAGUACAUUGUAUAUCAGGCUGGGACCGCACACCUCUUUUCAUCUCUCUUCUCAGGCUUUCUCUUUGGGCGGACUGCAAAGCCCAUGCAAACCUUAGUGCAGCUGAAAUACUCUAUCUCACAAUUGCAUAUGACUGGCUCUUAUAUGGGCACAAUCUAUGUGACAGAUUAGGGAAAGGAGAAGAUGUUUUCUUCUUCUGUUUCAACUUCCUGAAGCACAUCACAUCCGAUGACUUCUCAUUACUCCAAAGAAGCAGACGACACAGAGCAUCGAGUAGAGCAGACUCAGAAUCCUGUCUUGAACCGAUGGUCUUAUUAGAUCUGGAAGAAAGCAGGAAAUACAAACUAGGUAGUAACUCCAGUCUGGGCAGUAACAUCAGUAUUACCAGCAUCAGUAGCACAAGCUCUCCUAUCUUAACAUCUGUUCAAGACUCUAGCUGUAAAGAAGAAACAAGGAAUGGAGAUGUUCAUCAAACAUCAAAUGGUGCUCCCAAAUAUAAUGUUAGACCAAAAUCAGCACUCCACCGACCUGAGAGCACGAAGCAAACUAUCAUCCAAUCAGCAACCAGUCCUGUAGCAGUACCCAGGUCAUGUCGAAGGUCAUCAGCUGAUUUGGCAAAGUCAACAUCAUCAGCAUGUGGAAGUUGGCAGAUAAUAUCAGGCACGGGGAGUGUAAAGGGUUACUUCUCAGCUCGAGACUCGCCCCUCACUAUUAAUUCAGACAUCUCUAGUGGAUCAGCUAGCUCAGCUAACAGCAACCCACCAAUACCUGAGCAUAUCCCUGAGGAGAGCAUAAGGAAGCAGAGGCUAGACCAGGUCCGAAUGGAGUUUAACAAGAUCUACUCGUCAGUGAUUGGUCCCAGAUACGCCAUGGAACCCAGCACUGGAAUAGGGGGUGUGUUAGGAAACCUGGUCACGAAAGUAGGACUCAAGGGUGGAAGGGGUCAGUACGCAUAGCACAUGGCCUUUCACAUAUGACUGCAUUUUUUGGUGAGGUUGUAAGUCUUCACGUUUGCAAGGUGCCUGUUGAAAGUGCGGGUGGCGUGUAUAGCACAUGGCCUUUCACAUAUGACUUUGCUAAGUCUUCACAUGUAAGAGGAGUCUCUUAGCAUAUAGCACAUGGCCUUUCACAUAUAGUAAGUCUUCACAAGUGAGAGGUGCUGGUUCAUUGAGGUAGCACAUGGUCUUUCACACAUGACUGUAAGUCUUCAAAAUGUGAGAGGUGCCUGUUGAGGUAGAAGAUAUUGCACAUGGCCUUUUACAGAUGACCCAAUUUCAUGUGUGGUUGUAACUCCUCAAGCAUAAGAAGCUUGGGUUAAUGCUGGGGCUGUAUACGCAGCACAGACAGCUCCAUUUCUGGCACCAAGAGAAAGAGCCUAGUUUGAUUGUGGUAGCUGCAAUAUCCUAAUCCAUGUAUGCCUGGAACCAUCAUAAGGAUGAUCUUUGUUUGGAGGAUCUUCAUCAUUGCAGCAAACUACAAAGUCAGGCACCAUCUGGGAGAGGUGUGAUCAGUCUGCUGUAAUAUUUGCUUCAUUCCAAUCACGGCACUGCAGUUAAGACCUUGCCUCACAUCAGCUUGUGUCCUAGCCGGGCCCUGCAUCAAGAUAAUAACUCUACCUACAAUCCAUGUUAAAAUUCUAUUGUAAUUCCCUUUCUUGCUACCAUCUUAUAGAAUAUUACUGUUGAUUGAUAUGAUUUAUGAAGGAGGUUCUUUGGGAAGAUAUGGGGAAGUUUUAGGGAGUUGAAACCUUUCUUUUUCUUCUAGAAAUAUAUAGACCAUUCCCUGUUGAUUAUAUGUUUUCAUGUACUAAUGGUAGUAUUACAAUACUAUCUGAUGUGUAGUGCAAACUUGUUCUGCUUUGAAUAGUGCUGUAGCCAUGGUUCGUGGCAAGACUCAUAUAAUUUUAACUUGGAUUGUGCUAUUGUUUUUAUAUUUUUUCAUUUUUGUUGGUCAUAAGUCUCCCUCUCUCUCUCUCUCUCUCUCUCUGAAAAUAUCUAAAUUGAAAUUGUUGAGUUGAUUUUGAUCUUGAUUUCCCAAUUUUCAAAGGCCUUGAUACAUUGAUAGUUAUACAAUUUAAAAAAAAAUAUAAUAGGUGAUGUAUAUCAUUCAAGCAGCAUUUUUUUUAAAGCAUGCAGUUAAUAAAAAUUCUUAUUUUCUCCAUAAUUGGGUAUUUCCAGAUCGAUUGGUCAGUUUAGCAGAUUAUCUACAGUUUAAACACCUCAAAAUGAUACUACGUGGCUACCUAUAUAGCUCUCAUGUUUGUCACAUGGUAAUGCUUUAUGCACUCCAUUAUUAGUAUUGCCCUGGUUUAUUGCAUAAUCAUAUCAGGUACCCCUUAACAGCAGGGUAAAAGUGGCACAUGCCUUGCCAAAUUUGGAGAGCUAGGCUUGGAUUUUAACCAUCAACUUCUUGAAUUAAAGUAAAGUGAAGCAACAAAAGUAUCAAUACCAUGACACCUCCACAAUUAACAUGACUUGUUGCAGUAAGAGGGGGCAAUAUCAUCUGUUAGGAGCCAGAAGGGCGUUAACUCUGUGUCAAACAUGAAUUACUAUCCUUCUGGCUCCAAACAGACAAUGUGUCAAUUGUGUGAUGCAAUUAAAGCUAAAGACCAGUUAUGGUCAUGCGAUUGCAUUGUGAAAGAAACGUUGUGAAAAUCGAUCAGAAAAGGUUGAUCAUCUAGCAUAGAUGUACUGC